UCUUCGUUAGCGUUCUCACUGAUUCUGCGACUCAAACUUAUAGCUCAGCUACCUACCUCCUAACCAAAACCCGUAAAAAGAAAACCAUAAUAACAAAUAACAACUCAUAACGAGACCUCGAAACUAUAAACCAUGACAGACAACGAUCCCACCCCCGAGCAAGAAGCCGCCGCCCGCGCCAAGGAAGCCGAGGAGCAGGCUGCGCUGCCCUACAAAUGGAACCAGACCAUCGCCGACCUCGACGUGAACGCCACGGUCCCCGGAAACCUCAAGGCCCGGGACCUCGUCGUCGAGAUCAAGAAGCAGAAGCUCAAGGUCGGCAUUAAGGGCCAAGAUCCUAUUAUCGAUGGCGACCUCCCGCACCCGAUCCUCACGGAAGAAUCGACCUGGACGCUGACCUCGGCGCCGGACGGCAGCAAGACGAUCGAGAUCCACCUGGACAAGGCCAACAAGAUGGAGUGGUGGGCGCACGUGGUGACGACGGCGCCCAAGAUCGACGUAACCAAGAUCCAGCCCGAGAACUCGAAGCUGAGCGACCUCGACGGCGAGACCCGCGGCAUGGUCGAGAAGAUGAUGUACGACCAGCGCCAGAAGGAGCUUGGCCUGCCCUCCUCCGACGAGCAGAAGAAGGCCGACAUCCUCAAGAAGUUCCAGGAGCAGCACCCCGAGCUCGAUUUUACCAACGCCAAGAUAAAUUAACAUGGGGAAAAUCACAUAGCAUGACGAGUACAGGGAUGGCUUCUAAAACGAAAAGAAAAACCACAUCUCAUCUUAUUAACUACCUCUAACCUAACCUAUAACUAUAGGUAUGUAUAUAUAAGUAUCAAGGAAGUAUAGGAAGUGUGCAGGGUGAAACGAAUCGCCGAAACCACAGAACAUGGAAAACAAAAAUCCAGGGUAGCGGCGUCAGAGAGCCCUGCUCUUUUUUUUUUAGUUUGAUAUUGGAAUCGCUAGUAAUGACAUAGCAGAUGGUAGCCGCUACGCAUCAAUUGUCAGAUUAACAAGCGUUCCGUUCGCGACUUUGUUCGCGAGAGACUAGAGAAUGAACAAU